UCACAGAAUCUCUCCGGAGCAAAAUCGAGACUGGAAUAAGCCCCAAACGGGACGUAAAAACCAAGUGAACACCGGCUACAAAGAGGACCAUGAAGCUGCACCUUGUCUGCCUGAUCUUCGUUCUUCUCACUGUGACUACCCGAAGCCUCUGGGCCUUCACAGUAAAGUCACAAAUCCACAAAGACCUUGUGAGCUUGGAAACACACAACGCAGAAGAUGGCAUAGCUGAGACUUCCAGCUUGCAGGCCUUGCUGCGGAGGUCCAAGCGCUUCAACAGCCACUUCCCGCUCUGCACCUACUGCUGCAACUGCUGCAGCAACAAGAAAUGCGGUUUCUGCUGCCGAACGUAGAGAGACCGAAGACUUCAAUGCAGGACUGUGGCAUUGUGGGACAGCUCCCUGUUCCAGCUCCACACGCACACAUACCCCAGACUCCCCACUUUGCUCAGAAGCUGCUCCCCUCUUCCCUCCAUGCCUCCUUAUUUAUUUCUUCGGUAUUUCACUUUGUAUCUUCUUAUUUUGUUACUUGGAAUUAAAAACAUUUUUACCUCAUGAA